AAUUGAAGGUUCUCGUUUCCACGGCCAAUGGCCUGCAGAGCGCCCACGAAUGUCUUGCGUCGUCUGGCAGAGUGGAACGUCAUCCUUCAGGCAUCCAGUUAAUACCGAAUGAGGAAGGUCAGGUCAUAUACUCGCAUGUUAAGUUAAUCGUUUGGUAUCCAUGGAUGCCAUCCGCGAUUUGAGGCGUGAGAGCAGUGGACCGCUGCUGGGACAACAUCGCGAAACCGGACGACCAACUUUUUGCAAUUCGUUGCUCAGCGACAGGCACAUAGAUGGACCGACCGUCUGACAAGCAUUUCGGAGUUGUCAGAGUGAUGCUUGCUGGUUCUAAUAAAGUUCUCACGCUGAGCAGUCAGCAACGAACCUUAGCACACAAAUCCAACCUUCACGGUUCUCGACCAUCAUGAACGGGUGCGGCGACGACUCGUUUGGUCCUGGUGUGCAAUCAGCAAACUGUCGGGGCGGCUUCGACUUCACAGUGUCAUUCGAAGAGAGCAUUCUCACCAUUCUGCCCGCGGCCUGUUUUAUUAUCUUCACUCCUCUGCGAGCAAUCAGACUUUUCAAGCGAAGAAUAAAAGUCAAAUCAACAGUCAUCCAUGCCAUAAAGUUGGGUGCUAUUGCUAUCUACGCCUGUCUUCAACUCGCCUUAAUUAUCCUAUGGUCAUCCUCAAAUGUGUACUUCAAAACACGACUGUCGAUUGCUUCGACAGUCUUGAACCUCCUCGCAGCUUUGGGGUUGGGUUUACUCUCCCAUCUUGAGCAUGUGAAAGCCAUCAGACCCUCUUUCGUCAUUGCAGCAUACUUAUUCGUAUCACUUAUCUUUGAUAUCGCUCGGGUUAGGACACAAUGGCUACUUCCAGCGAACGACCCCAUAGCUGCUGUUCUCACGGCGGCUGUUGCCGUCAAAUCUUUGAUGCUUUUACUUGAGACUCUAGGCAAGAGGCGCAUUCUACUUGCUGCAUACCGAGGGCUGUCACCUGAGGUUACAGGUGGGCUUUUCAGUCGUGGAUUCUUCUGGUGGUUGAAUUCACUACUCGCGAAGGGCUUUAACAAUGUCUUAUCUGCUGACGAUAUCUUUCCGAUCAACGAAAGCCUCUCUUCGCGCAAAUUAUCUGACGAUUUGCAGGCGAGGUGGGACACAUGCGACCAAACGAACAGGAACUCGCUCAUGAGGCAAGCACUCAUUGGCUUCCGCUGGAAUAUUUUGUCUAUUGUUUUCCCCAGGCUAUGUGUCGUUGGUUUCAGCGUUGCGCAACCAUUUUUGGUCAACGGAGCCAUCAAAUUUGUUCAAUCAGUGGAUGGCAGUGAGAAUGUAAAUAUCGGUUACGGACUCAUCGGAGCUUACACAUUUGUGUACAUCGGAAAUGCGACCGCCACUGGAUGGUAUCAGCAUCUUUCGUUCAGAUUGAUGGCGAUGGUGCGAGGUGGAUUGAUCGGCAUGAUAUAUCGAAAGAUUACUACCUUGAAAUCUGCAAACAUAAACGACUCUGCAGCGAUGACUCUGAUGGGCACGGAUGUUGAGCAAAUCGCUGAAAACUUGCAUCUCAUCAUUACCGAUCUCUGGGCUAACCUACUCCAAAUUGGCAUUGCAAUCUACCUUCUUGAACGUCAGGUAGGAGCGGUGUGCAUCGCUCCUGUAAUUCUGGCUAUAGUUUCGACUCUGGUUACCUCGAAAUUCUCAAGCUACGUAACGAUGCGGCAGAAAGUCUGGCUGGAGGCUAUCCAGCAGAGAGUCAACUUCACCUCGGAGACCCUCGGCUCGAUGAAAAGCAUAAAGAUGCUUGGUCUGACUGAAAAGCUUGGAUCUAGCAUGCAAGCAAUGCGAGAAAGAGAGCUGAGAUUAUCGAAGAGGUUCAGACGUCUAUCUAGUGGACUAACGUUGAUAUAUAACUUCCCGCACGUUUUUACCCAAUUCUUCACUCUCGCUGCAUACGCCAUUGUGGCCAAAGUUCAGGGAAGCCCUGCGCUCACUGUUGAAAUGGCUGUCACAACUCUGUCGAUCCUUACGAUACUGGACAAUCCCCUCUCAAUGUUCUUGCUUGCACUGCCGAAAGUCUACGUCUCAUCGGGGUGUUUCCAACGGAUCCAAGAGUUCCUUCUCGAAGAACCCAGAAUAGAUCAGCGGGCACUUGGCUCAGACGACAGCUCCGAUGACCUUGUUUUCCCUUUGAAUCGAACCUCAUCCGGUGGCGACAUCGAGUUGAUGCCACCGUCAGCUCCCAAAACGCUUGCGCAUUCCAGGAUCUUGUCUCCGAAUGACCAAGUUGUCAUCAAAGCAGGCGAUUUUGGUUGGACAAGUACAACUUCGGCAACUAUCAACAAUGCUACCUUGCAGCUACCUUCAAAGGCCCGACUCACGAUGAUAGUAGGCUCUAUCGGAUGUGGGAAGUCAACACUGCUGAAAGGCAUACUUGGCGAGACGUCCACUGCUCGUGGAUUGGUGUAUGCUCGAUCUGAAGAGAUAGCUUUCAGUGAACAGACGCCUUGGCUUAUCAACGGAACGAUUCGAGAAAAUGUCAUCGCAGAAUCGAGCUACGAGCAGGGUUGGUAUGAAACUGUCAUUAAAGCUUGUAACCUGGAUACUGAUAUUCAGCAUAUGCCCUCUGGCGAUGCAACCCUUGUGGGUAGCAAAGGGAUCACUUUAAGUGGGGGACAGAAGCAACGUAUGUCCAUUGCCAGGGCUGUUUACUCUCGAAAGAAACUUGCCAUCUUUGAUGAUGUCUUCAGUGGACUUGAUACAGUAACGGAACAACACGUCUUUGCUGGUGUGUUUGGCAAAGAUGGACUACUUGCUCAAUCAGGAACAACUAUAAUCCUUGCUACUCAUGGAGUUCAUCGACUAUCUGAGGCAGAUCACAUCGUGGUCCUCGGAACGAACGGCCACAUCCUCGAACAAGGUCGCUACAACGAUCUUGCUAUCUCUCAAGCUUAUGUCCAAAGUCUCGCCAAAAGUCAAGAAAGCAAGAAAGCCGACGGAAUUGCAGAACCACGUACUCAGACAAAAGAUCAACCGGCGAUUCCAGUGCCCCAAGUAGUUACAACAGAUUUAAGUCGACAGACUGGAGACUGGAAAAUAUAUGUCUACUAUUCCAAAUCUAUGGGCUUAUUAGGUCUUGCUGGAUUCUCAGUGCUGGUGGUUGUAGAAUGUACUCUCAUGAUGGUGCAAUAUUUGUGGGUAAGUUGGUGGGCGGCUGAUAGUCAGCGCCACCCGAAUGAGAGGCUGGGAUAUUGGAUCGGGAUGUAUGCGCUUUGGAGUUUUCUCGUCGCCCUUUUCAUGAGUUCAGCGGUGUUCUACUUGUAUGUUGAGCUAGCAGCAAAAUCGUCAAACGGUCUUCAUAGAACCAUUUUGAGGGCUGCAAUGAGAGCACCAAUGGCGUUUUAUGCGGCGACAGAGACAGGAGAGCUUGUAAACAGAUUCAGCCAAGAUAUGCGACUUGUCGACAUGACUUUACCGGGUGCCCUGAUCAAUGUUUUCUUCCAAAUUGGCUCCACCGUUGGGACCAUGUCACUUGUUGUUGCUGCUGUUGGUUAUUUCGCCGCAGUUCUUCCGCUUAUUGUUGGAGUGCUCUACCUCAUUCAAAGAUUCUACCUUCGAACUUCCCGCCAGCUUCGUCUACUCGAAAUCGAGACAAAAGCUCCCAUCUUCUCACACUUCAUGGAAACACUCAGCGGUCUCGUGACAAUCAGAGCAUUUGGCUGGACCGAAGCAUACAGGAACAAGAAUCUACGUCUACUAGACGCAUCCCAGAAGCCAUACUACUUGCUCCUUUGUAUCCAACGCUGGCUUACUUUGGUCCUGGACUUGAUUGUCGCUGGCGUAGCGAUAUUGCUUGUCAUCUUGGCUGUAUUCCUGCGGCACAAGAUCAGUCCCGGUUUGCUAGGUAUUGCUCUGGUGCAAGUCACUAGUCUCGGACAGACUCUUGCAGCGCUGAUUAUGCAAUGGACCACAUUGGAAACUUCUUUGGGUGCCGUUGCUAGAAUCAAGAGCUUUUCAGAGGAUACUCCAAGUGAGCUGUUGGAAGGAGAAGAUGGAGCGCCUGAUUCGCAAUGGCCAGCACAAGGACAUUUAAUUUUUGAGGGGGUCUCCGCCAGCUAUGGGUCCCAUACAGCUCCGGUACUGAACAAUAUCAGUAUGUCGAUCUUGCCAGGCCAAAAGAUUGGCAUAUGCGGCAGGAGCGGCAGCGGAAAAAGCUCCUUCAUCUCCUCCAUCCUCCGCAUGGUUGAACUGAGCUCCGGCAAAAUAACCCUCGACAACCACGACCUCUCCACCAUCCCCCGGCCACUCAUCCGCCAGCGACUCAUAUGCCUCACGCAAGACCCCUUCCUCUUCACCGGCUCCAUCCGUCUGAACGCCGAUCCUCUAGGUGAAGCAAGUGACACCGAGAUAGUGACUGCGAUACAGAAAGUCGGACUUUGGGACGUGAUUGCCGCGAAAGUCGAAGGAGGAAAGGAAGCGGAUGUCGCGGUGCUGGAUGCGGUUAUGGAUGAGAACUUCCUUUCAUACGGACAGAGACAAUUGUUUUGUCUCGCGAGAGCGAUACUAAGGAAGAGUUCACUGUUGAUACUUGAUGAGCCGACGAGCAGCGUCGACGUCAAGACCGAUGCACAAAUGCAAGCGAUCAUACGCUCGGAGUUCAAAACCCAUACCAUCAUUAUGAUUGCGCACCGCUUGGAUAGUCUCCUUGAUUUCGAUCGCGUUGCUGUGCUCAACAAGGGGAACUUGGUCGAGUUUGGGGGCCCGAGCGUUUUGCUAGAGAAGGAGGGAAGUGCGUUCUCGAAAUUGUAUCACGCUUCUUCUUGAUUUAUGUCACUUCUUGACUCAUCAGAAAAUAUGCCAAAUUGGGGAAAUAGUUCUUGAUUAUUGAUAAUUUUUGGUCAUCGCUUCCGGAGUGUGUCCGCGAGUUCUCUUUGUUUACAUUCGCUCGUUACCCCGAGAGAAACUUGUCGCUUCGACACGCUACAAGCUGUUAAAUUAGAUAUCAGAGCUAGAAAAGACAUUCACUCUGGGUCGAUUGCCUGAGGACCACAGGCAAUACCAAAAGACAUGGAGUCAGCUCUUUAUCCCUUUCCAAUUAACUUCUUUCUCACCGCUACCCUACCAAAGCCGACGCGGAAUCUCAAAUGCAUAUUCUUAGGCCCCUUGAUCUCGUUUCUAGCCCAAUGGUAGUCCGUGGAAAACGAAAUCCAAGGGAAAGUCUUGCUUGGGAUCGCAAGCCCUGAAUCCAGACUUCGGUGAAAGCAGCGGGCGAGGAGUCAUUAAGAGGAAUACAUCUAGCUGUUACCUUGUUGAAAAGGCACGAGAAACCAAUUCCACAAGACAUGCAUCACAAAUCAUUCAUUGCCGACCAUCUAAGCCGUUCGCAAUAGAUACUUUUACGUCUACUUCGUCUUUCCAGUAGGAAUUCCAAACAAGACCACAGCCUUCCCAGCUGCCGCCGGCUUAUCCACUCUAUAAAAUCCCUUGCGCUCAAGCUGGAUGAUAUCGUCCUCCUUCAAAUCCUUGACGUUCUCGUCACACAACUGCGGUACCAUGGUCGCGGAAUCCUUGUUGACGAAAUCCUCCCAGUUAUCCUCUUCCUCCAACUUGUCCUUGGUGAAUAGAUGGUCAAACUCCCAUACCUCAGCUGGGACAAGCUCCUGUCCAUCGGUGGAGAGCCAUGUUACUUUCUUCUCAGUCUUUUUGAAAUCACCCUCGAGAUGGAGCUCAAGCUCGAUAUCCGUAAUGGAAUUCGAUCCGUUGAUCUUUCGGACAAACGCGUUACCCCAGCCCAUAAGGGUAAUCUCCUCGCCCUCCUUAAAAAGCUUCACGUCCUCCUGGUCGAGAAUCAAGUGCUUGCUGAAAGCGACCUUCUUGGUACCAACAGCAGGAUUCUUGACGUGUUUGGGCUUAUCCUCAGUGUAUGCCUUCUCUGGUCCAUUGGUAAGGGUUGCCUUCACUGCAUCCUUCUCUGCAACAGCGGUAUGUCGUGGCGCAACAGGGUCGAUCUCCUUCUUGUUCGAAGCCCAGAAAUUCGUCCAAUCCAUUACCACAAUGUUGCGACUUGGUCCUUGCUUCAAGAUAAAGUCUCGCAGCGCUGAGAUAGUCAUUCCGUGUCUACGGACUCCUCGGAUGGUGGGCAUUCGGGGAUCAUCCCAGCCCCAAACGGCUCCGGAAUCAACCAAUUUUGUCAACUUCCGCUUCGAGAGAACAGUUCGAAUGAAGUUCAUUCUUGCAAAAUCCCACAUGUGCACUUGACGGAGCUUUAGUGUGUCGAGGAACCAUUGGUACUGCGGAUUUCGGUCGGUAUACUCAGUAGUCCUCAAAGCAUGAGUGACCCCUUCCAACGAGUCCACAAUUGGGCAAGCAAAAUCGUAGGUAGGAUACAUCUUCCAUGCCGUACCAGUUCGGUGAUGAGGUGUGUCCACAUUACAACGGUAGAUGACUGGAUCACGCAUGGCCUUGUUUGGAUUAUCCACAGACAUCUUCGCACGAAUGCAGUAUUUCCGUCCAAUAUCGGAUCCUUCCUUCAUGCUCUCAAAGAUAGCCAGGUUCUCCUCAACACUCUUAUCACGAUUCUUGCUUGCAAUGCCGUCCAUUCGCUCAGCACGCAUGGUCUCUUGAUCUGUAUCAUCCGCAUAUGCGUGACCCUCCUUGAUCAUGCGAAUGCCAUAUUGGUAGAGGUCCUCGAGGUAAUCACUAGUGUAACUUGUCUUGUCCGGUUUGAUUCCAACCAUCUUGAGGUCCUCCACGAUUGAGUCCUGAUACUCUUGCUUCUCUUUCGACGGGUUGGUAUCGUCAAAUCGAAGGAGUAAUGUGCCUUUGUAGAGCUCGUGUGCGAAGUAGUCGUUUAAAAGUGCGGCUUUAAUGUGUCCAAUAUGGAGGUAUCCACUGCCUCGAAUUAGCAAAAAGUGAGGUGGACGAGAGCAAAGGAACUCACGAUGGCUCAGGUGGGAAUCUGGUAACAACGCCCUUCUCGACAUCCUGUAAGGCCAUGUUGUAGCUGGCACCUGCGCGACUUUGAACCGCCUUCUUUGCCUUCUCGGCCUCAUCUUUUGCCUUGAUCUCCUGCUGGAUCUCUGGAUGACUUUGCUCGACAUAGUUGAACCAUCUCCCAACAUUGACCAGAGUUCCUCUCUUCAAAGCGGCAGCUGCGACUCUGUUUGUACGAAUGGCAAUCCAAAUAUCGGUAUCGACUUGGCUGAGCGUGUACCCCUCCACAUACGUUCUGAGCGUGAGAUGUUUGUCAAGGGCGGUGAGAUGAGGCUCGAUAGCUUUGAAGUCUAAAGCCGACAGGCUAGCAGCAAGCUGAGAUACCUCCUGCGGCUUCAUUAUUGCGGUGUUAUAGUGUGGGCAAAUGGUGG